UGAUGGUGUACGAUUCACAAUAGUUUCAGAACCACGUGUUAUUGUAUGUCGGUAAUCGUUUGAGAAAAAGAUUGCACACGAUGUGUAGCAAAAAAAGAAAAUUAUCGUCGCGCCCCUUUCACCCGAAAGAAAACUGAACCCACUGCCGACUAUGGACCCACCUAGACCUCGCAUUCGAAUCGUCAUAAACAAACCAAUUCGAUAUUCCCGAGACUAUUUCAAUAAACUGAUUGUUUUAUCUGAUCGUCUAUUGCGCCUAGAUUUUUCUUCGGGCCUCAUCUUUUUCUCGUCCCUCUCAAUUCUUACACUCUCACCUCUCUCUUUCUCGAUAGUUUCACGAUUUUGACUUUACCUCGGCUCCCAAAAACCUGGUCAACAACAUGCCUCUCACUGGGGAAGAGAUCGCAAAGCACAACUCGCGAGAGUCGUGCUGGGUAAUUGUUCAUGGCAAAGCUUACGAUGUGACGGAAUUUCUGCCAGAACAUCCUGGCGGACCCAAGAUCAUUCUCAAAUAUGCUGGCAAAGAUGCAACCGAAGAAUAUGAACCCAUACACCCUCCGGAUACAUUGGACAAGUACCUCGACAAAUCCAAACAUCUCGGAGUGGUUGACAUGAAGACUGUCGAGAAGGAGGAGAAGGAAGAGUCGCCAGAAGAGAUAGAGAGACAGCAGAGGAUAGAGCGUAUGCCAAUUUUGGAACAAUGCUACAACUUGAUGGACUUCGAGGCAGUGGCGAGGGGUGUCAUGAAGAAAACUGCUUGGGCAUACUACUCAAGCGGUGCUGAUGAUGAGAUUACCAUGAGAGAAAAUCACACAGCCUUCCACAAGAUUUGGUUCCGACCUCGGAUUCUGGUUGAUGUUGAGAAGGUUGAUUUCACAACCACCAUGCUAGGCACGAAAGUCGAUAUCCCGUUCUAUGUUACAGCUACGGCAUUAGGAAAGCUUGGAAAUCCUGAGGGAGAGGUUGUCCUCACACGAGCAGCAAAAAAGCAUAAUGUCGUGCAAAUGAUCCCCACUCUUGCAUCUUGCUCGUUUGACGAGAUCAUGGAUGCAGCAGAAGGUGACCAGGUCCAGUGGAUGCAACUCUAUGUCAACAAGGACCGAGAAAUCACAAAGAAGAUUGUACAACACGCUGAGAAGCGUGGUUGCAAGGGCUUAUUUAUCACCGUCGAUGCUCCGCAACUGGGCCGUCGAGAGAAGGACAUGCGAUCAAAGUUCACAGAUACCGGAUCAAACGUUCAAGCUGGUUCGACAACAGACAAUUCUCAAGGUGCUGCCAGAGCUAUUUCUACGUUUAUCGACCCUGGUUUGAGCUGGAAGGAUAUCCCAUGGUUCCAAUCCAUCACCAAGAUGCCCAUUAUUUUGAAGGGCGUCCAGAGAGUUGAGGAUGUCAUCAGAGCCAUCGAGUCCGGCGUCCAAGGUGUUGUUCUUUCCAACCACGGAGGUCGACAACUCGACUUUGCACGAUCUGGCAUUGAGGUCCUCGCCGAAGUCAUGCCCGUCCUUCGAGAACGUGGAUGGGAAAACAGAAUCGAGAUAUUCGUUGACGGAGGCGUAAGAAGAGCUACGGACAUUAUCAAGGCACUCUGCCUUGGUGCCAAAGGUGUUGGUAUUGGCAGGCCAUUCUUGUAUGCCAUGAGUGCGUACGGACAACCUGGUGUAGAUCGUGCUAUGCAACUUCUCAAGGAUGAGAUGGAGAUGAAUAUGAGAUUAAUCGGAUGCUCGAACGUCGAUCAGCUGAAUCCGACUUUGGUUGACACGAGAGGCCUGAACAUGCACACAACCAGUGUACCAUCUGAUACUUUGGGUAUGUCUGUGUAUGAUCCAUUGGUCAGCCCGAAGGAGAAGGCAAAGUUGUAGAUGAGACGGAGUACCAGAUUCUGCUGGAUUUGUAUAUAUUGAUGCCGUACAUUAUAAAUGAUCUUGAUUACCCAUGCC